UUGGCAAAAGCAAUUAUUUCAACCAUUAUUGGCUUAAUAAUAAAAUAUCUCUCAAUCAAACAGCAUCUCCCUCUCUAAUCUCCUCUCUCCCUCUAAACUUUCCAAGAGUUUCUCAGGUCCGUAACACACUCUCUCUCUCUUGUGGAUCAUUAAAUAGAGCUCUUAUUUAAGAAAUUUAGGUAAGAAAGUUCCCUUUCAAUUAUGUUGCUAUGUAGUGUGUACUAUAUGUAUGAAUCCUGUCAAAAAAUGAUGUUGUAGUUUGUAAAUUGUGGGUUGUUGAAUGAGUUUCGUUUCUAGUUCUUGGUAUUUCUUGGUUUCCAAGACGUUGGGUUGUGGGUGUCUAACUACUUUCAUGAAAGAACACCAAUUACCAGGCCAGGCCGCGUGUUUUAAGAGUGAUUUGGUGAAAGAUUAACACUUUUUCCAUUUUUGGAUCGAAUUAGUUCCCCUGCUGCAUGUCUAAUAAGGUAUUCAUAAUUUGAUUUUGUUGCUUUAGUUCUGUAAUAUGUGAAUUUCUGUAAAAAAACCCAUGUUCUAAAGUGUAAAGCUUGAACUAAGAUUUCAAUUUCUUGGGCUUAGAAUUGGUUUGUCAAAUUCCUACAAGUGUCUUGUGGUUUCCUAUUUGAUCAUGGAAUUCCUCUCUGCCAUGAGUAUAGGAAGUGUGAAUUCUGGAAAGGAAAAUCUUCUAAGUGCUGUUCUACCAUUGUUGAAACUCCUCUCUCUCACUGUCAUUGGUCUGAUUCUUGCCCACCCCAAGACCCAAAUUGUCCCAAGAGCCACUUUUAAGCUUCUUUGCAAGCUUGUUUUUGCUCUCUUCUUGCCUUGUACGAUCUUCAUUCACCUCGGAGAAUCCAUUACUCUACAGAAUUUCAUCGAUUGGUGGUUCAUACCUGUAAACGUGAUCCUCAGUACUGCUAUUGGUUGUGUGUUGGGGUUGUUGGUCGCACUAAUAUGCCGACCACCUCCUGAAUUCAUUAGGUUCACUGUAAUUGUGACGGCCUUUGGUAACACCGGCAAUCUGCCUCUAGCUAUUGUUGGGUCCGUGUGCCAUAGCGCAGAUAAUCCGUUUGGUCCAGAAUGCGAAAGGACUGGUAUUGCUUAUGUAUCUUUUGCCCAAUGGGUUGCUGUACUUCUUGUUUAUACCCUCGUUUAUCACAUGAUGGAGCCCCCGUUAGAUUAUUACGAAGUGGUCGAGCAGGAGGAAGGUGUUGAGAUUCAGGAACAAUUAUCUGUAGACAAUCUUAGUAGGCCACUUCUUGUGGAAGCUGAAUGGCCUGGAAUGGAAGAUAAAGAAACUGAGCAUUGCAAAACUUCAAUUAUUGCAAGGGUCUUUACUAGUGUCUCUAGCAUUUCGCAAACCUCAAUCCCAGAGCCUGAUUCACUGGAGGAGGGAGGUUCAAGGAGUCCCAAAUCAAUUAGGUGCUUGGCAGAGCCCAGGAUGGUUAGAAGGAUACGGAUUGUUGCUGAGAAAACGCCUAUCCUUCAUAUCCUUCAGCCUCCCACAUUUGCUACCUUGUUGGCCCUCAUUAUUGGAAUGGUUCCUUUCCUCAAAAGUUUUGUUUAUGGCGAUGACGCACCACUUUCAUUUAUCACUGGUAGUUUAGACAUUGUGGCUGGAGCAAUGGUGCCUUCAGUAAUGCUAAUCCUUGGAGGAUUGCUUGCUGAGGGUCCCAAUGAAUCUGGACUUGGGCUUCGAACUACAAUUGGCAUCAUCAUUGCAAGACUUCUGAUCCUUCCUUUGAUUGGAAUAGGGGUGGUUUAUUUGGCUGAUAGACUGAACUUUUUGAUCCAUGGUGAUCAAAUGUAUCGGUUUGUGCUUUUGUUGCAAUACACAGCGCCAAGUGCCAUAUUGUUGGGAGCAGUCGCUAGCUUGAGAGGUUAUGCAGUUAGCGAAGCAUCCGCACUCCUCUUCUGGCAGCAUGUGUUUGCUUUGUUCUCCCUUUCAGUGUAUGUCAUUAUCUACUUCAAACUGCUGCUUCCUUAUGUCUAAGGUUUGUUUUGAACCUCUCUCCUUUCAAAUUUGCCAAUGUAAGCUUGCCAUCUGUAGUCAUGUGGCCGAUAAUUGCAGAUGGUAUGUCUGCCCAUUGCACUGUAUCCAUGUUAUCAAAGUUGUUAUGUGAACAGUAGUUCUUGCAAUAAAAUCUGCUUUUGUGACUUAAC